AUGUUGAAGGAAGCUAUUGCAAAAAAGCUUAAGAUGAACAAUGGUGCAUCAAGCAAUGCCAAGUCAGAACUUGACAAAUACCUUGCUGAAGAUUGUGAAGAUCAAGAGCUCAAGUUUGACAUUCUAGCUUGGUGGAAGAUUAAUGCAGUUCGUUUUCCCAUCUUGGCUCACUUGGCACGGGAUUUUCUUGCCAUACCCAUCACGUCUGUAGCAUCGGAGUCGGCUUUCAGCACAGGUGGACGUAUCUUGGAUGAUUUCCGUUCCUCGCUAACUCCAUUCAUGCUGGAAGCUCUUGUUUGUGGACAAGAUUGGCUCCGAAGAAGUACUCCUAUUGACAUACAUGAGAAUCUGGAGGAAUUAGCUAUAAUGGAAAAAGAGUUAAUUGAAGAGUUUGGUGGCAUCCACAUAGCCAAAGGAAAAGGGAAAGGUGGCAAGAGUAAGGCCUCUACUGAAGCUGAAAGCAAACCUGGUCCACCUUCAUAA